UAUAUUAUGGACCGUUGACUCUUCCCCUCUUCCAGUUCUCCUCUCUCUCCGUAGCAUUCUUCCAUCACCUUUUGUCAUCUUCUACUUCUCUAAGUCUCAUGAGAGUCAUGGGUCAUUUCCUGAUUACAGGGUUGGUUUCCGCACUGACUCUCUCUGGCUGGUUCUCCCUUCAAGCUACAGCUACUCCUGUGGUUACGGCGAGGGACAAAGGUCCCGCUCAGGCAGUCCUUGGUGAGUCUUCCGAAUCAUGGUCGACAAUCCUGCGGGAGGAAACGGUCCCCCACGAUGCCGUCUCUGUGGACGCCAGCGAAGGUGACGUGGAGGAGUCCAUGUUCCCCCCUCCGUCCUGGUUCACCUCAACCCUAAUGGCACGACGCCUCCUCGCCGUCUCGACCUCCGGUGUGGUCUCGACCAUUUUUCCUGAUCCCUUACCCUUAAAAUCCCAUGCGCCAGCCUCCGUCGCAGGCCAGCCUAUUAGUCUUCGCGAGUACUUCGCCGACUGUGACGAAGCGCUCCCACUCGACUCUGGCUCUGGAGGAAACGGCGACCCAACUUUCCUCGCUCUCCGCGUCGCAACCACCUUCCGCAACACCGCUGCCGGCUCCAACCUCAGUCUCUCGAUCGACUGGUGGGACCACGUCAACAGCACCAACCCCGUGUUCCCAGGCUUCCCGCUCAGUGAAGCUGGUCUGCCACGCGUCACGUUGUUCGGGUACCUUGAGCCCUUUGAGACCCCCAUACCGCGUGACACUGAGGCCGCGCUGCGCGAGUGCUAUGUGGAUGCACAUCCCGAUGCCAAGGUAUGGCUGCCCGGGAAGCCGUUGUCUCCGCACUCUAGCUUUUGGGCGAAGAUGGUGGUGACGCAAGUGUAUUGGAUUGGAGGGUUCGGCGGACUCCAGCAGAUCGGGUGGAUGAAUAUCUCGGAGUGGAAGGGGAUUCGACGACUGGGGAGUUUACCAGGGAUCGGGGAUGGAAGGGGAUGGGAGGAUGUGAAGCUUCCGGGGGAACAGUAGCAGGUUAUCUCUAGGUAGUACCUACCUAUGGCACGCAAGGGGGAAAUUGAUUGCAACCAGGUCUACUAUUACUUAUACUUACUAGCAUAAGUAAUCUCUUGCCUAGGACCGGUCAACAGCCGUAUAAUACAACAUACUAUAGCCAAGCAAAAGGUAUGCAGGGGCUUGGAAGUUUUAUAGCUGGAGCGGUAUUUUUAGCCAGGAAUAGCUGUAUGCUGUUUAUAGUAUUUGUAGAGCGAGUUAAAUGCCUUGCACGCCUCUGGGGCAUGGCAACUCAAUUUUACCCAUCAAAUAGCUCAAAUGUUUAUCUUUGCAUGACGGUAGAAAAGUUUCCUAUAGGCUGAAUACAACAAUUAGCUAUUAUCGAUAUCUGCUCAUACAUUUUAUAUACGAACCAAGUAUUCAUACUGUGCUAUAUUAUAUGACUACUUUUUGCAAACCCCUUGUUAUACUAAGGGUGC